CGAAACCCGUCCGGACCACUUGGAUAGAAUCCGAAAAUGUCUACAGCGCCCUCGUCGCGCUCGACGCCGGCUUCGCGGUCGUCUCCCGCGGUGCCGUCAACGCGCGCCACGUCCCCGCCUACCAGCCCGGCGACUGUCCCGGAAGAUGCAAAGACUGAAGAUGAUCUAGGAAACCAGAUUGCAGAGGCAGACUUCCCGAGGGACGAAGCCGAAGCAUUGGAAGAGGACGCAGACGUCGACGGCCGCCUCGCCCAGCUCGAGACCCUCAUCCAAAAGUCGGGCGCGUACGUCAAGUUGCUCAAGGAGCAGAUGGACCAGGUGAAGGUCAUCCACGGCGCCCGCCGCUCGAGCUCGACGUCGCAUGCGCAGGCGAAGGCUAACGGGAAGCAAAAAGCGAAGAGCGCGCGGAAGCGUGCGCGCGUCGUGUCCGAAGAUGAGGAGGAAGAAGAGCGUGAGGCGAAGCGCGCGAAGGCGGAGCAGGACGGCGAGAAGGCAGGGGAAGGGGAGGAGAGGAAGACCGCGUUCCAGCAGCCCGCGCUGAUCACGGGCGCGACGCUCAAGGACUACCAGCUCGAGGGCGUCGCGUGGAUGGCGGGGCUGCACCAGAACGGUAUCUCGGGCAUUUUGGCGGACGAGAUGGGUCUAGGAAAGACGAUCCAGACGAUUGCGUUCCACGCGUUCCUCCGCGAACGCACUCCUGCACCGUUCAUGGUCGUCUGCCCGCUCGCCGUGCUCGACAACUGGGCCAAGGAGUUCGCGCGCUUCGCCCCUGACAUACCCGUCGUCACCUACUACGGGACGAAGGAGGAGCGGGCGGAGACGAGGCGGACGAAGAUGGUGAUGGACGAGGUCGAUUUGGAGUAUUGGAAGAAUGCGAGCGGGUCGCAUGCUGCCGCGCAGGCUGCCGCUGCCGCUGCUGCCCCGUCGAGAGGCAAAGGGAAGGGCAAAGGAAAGGGUAAGGGCAAGGGGGCUCCUCGGGGUCGGGGCAAGGCUGCUACUGCUGGGCGUGGGCGCGCCACACGGGACGAUGACAGCUCGGAGGACGAGGUACCCGCGUCGAAGUCGCGCGGGAAGGCCGCUGCGCGCGGUCGCCGUGGCGGACGCACCCUAGCCAAGUCGCGGAAGCCGGUGUCCGAAGCGGACUCGGACGAGUUCGAGAACUCGAUGAUCGUCGACGAAGAGAUCCCCGAGCCCGCAGAGCAGCGCAACAGGCACCCUCUGAAGCCGUACCAGAAGACGAACUUCCCGGUCGUGCUGACCACGUACCAGAUCGUCAUCAACGACCGCGCGGAGCUCGCGCGGUACCACUGGGGGUUCAUCGUCGUCGACGAGGGCCACCGGCUGAAGAACAUCGACUGCGUGCUCAUGCGGGAGAUCAAGAAGAUACCCGCGGACGCGCGGAUGGUGCUGACGGGGACCCCGCUGCAGAACAACCUCGCGGAGCUGUGGGCGCUGUUGAACUUUGUGCUGCCGGACCUGUUCGGGGACUUGUCGACGUUCCAGUCUUGGUUCGACGAGAGCCGGCUGCGGAGCAAGCUGACAUCGGACCGCGAGAGCAAGCUCAUCCACUCGCUCCAUGACAUCCUCCGCCCGUUCCUCCUGCGGCGCAUGAAGGCCGACGUCGAAAUGUCGCUCCCCCCGAAGAAAGAGUACGUGCUCUACACCCCGCUGUCGGAGCGCCAGCGUGAGCUGUACGACGUCGUCGUGCGCGGCGACAAGGCCCUCCGCCGGUAUUUGAUCGAGCAGAUCGGGGAGGAGGAGGACAGGCUCAAUGGGGGUGGACGCAAGGUCGAGGAUGACGAGGAGGAGACGCCGUUGAAGGUGGUGGUGAAGAACGGGGCGCGGAAGGCGAAGGGGCUGAGGGAGAAGGUGGAGAGGGACUAUGUGGAGAGCUCGGACGAGGAGGGCGAGGGGUACUUCAAGCGGCUGGACGAGGGGCGGGUCGAGGCUCGGAGGGAGAAGGAGAAGAGCGGAGGGGACAUUGGGCUCGAAUGGCAGAGGCGCAUUGCAGUCAAGGAGGUGAACAACAAAAACCUGAAGAACGUCAUCAUGCAGCUGCGCAAGGUCUGCCAGCACCCGUUCCUCUUCCAUUGGCCGAGGGACCCGACUUCGCGCGAGUCCGUGCUCGGCGAGGAGCUCGUCACCGCGAGCGGGAAGAUGAUGGUGCUCGAGCGCCUGCUCGACGCGCUAUUCGCGCGCGGUCACAAGGUACUCCUAUUCAGCCAGUUCACGACGAUGCUGGACAUUAUCGAGGACUGGGCGGUAGAGCACAAGGGGUGGCCCAUUAGUCGCAUUGACGGGAGCAUGGACAUGGAGUCGCGGCGGGAGGACAUCCGGCGGUUCCAGGAGGGCGGGGAUGCGUCCGAUGCGCCAAGGCUGUUUUUGCUCAGCACGCGCUCUGGCGGGUUGGGCUUGAACCUCGUCCAGGCUGACACGGUGAUCUUCUACGACCAGGAUUGGAACCCCCAAGCCGACCUCCAAGCUCAAGACCGCGCACACCGGAUCGGACAGACGAAGCCCGUGCUCAUCUUCCGCCUUCUCUGCGCGCACACUGUCGAGACGAAAAUCAUGCAGCGGGCGACGGACAAGCGCAAGCUCGAGGCGCUCGUCAUCGCCAAGGGCGAGUUUGUCAACCCGACGGCGGCAAAGAGGAGCAAGAACCAGGCGCUCGCCGAGCUCGCGAUGGAGCUGCAUAGGCUCGAGGGCGAGAAGAUCCAGGUCGUGCCGAGCGACGAGGCGGGCAGGAAGAGCGUUAUUAGCGACGAGGAUCUGGAGAUGUUGCUGGACAGGAGGCCGGAGGUAUUCGCUGAUCGGCAGAAGGGAUGGACGAGCGGGGGCCAGGUCGAAGGGGAGUUGGGAGCGGCAGAGGCGGGAGAGGAAGAAAAAGUGCUUGAGCCGGCAGCGAAGGGAGUGGUGCCGGACGCGCAGGCGAAGACGAGGACGGCGUUCGCAGUGUAUGAGGCCCCCGUCAACGCGGACGCGAACAUGCUAGGAAUGAUGGACGGUUUGGAAGACGAGGGAGAUGAGUAGUCGAUCGCGGAUCACAGGGCCCAAGGCGUGUGUCUCGGGGUGUGUGUGCGUCCCCUCGCCGUCGUCUUGCUUGUUUCGUUGCUUUCGUAGUGUUUUCGUGUCACUCUGACAUCGCAUCUCUCCCCGUUUCUUGGAUAGGAUGUGUGUGCAUUGUUUCGUCUAUUGUAUUGUAGCUUAAUCGGUCUUGUAUAAUAGAUAUCAC